AUGCCAUACCUAAACCUUCUCCUAGCCGCUGGUCAACACAGUCUACACUUCUACAAAGUGGAAUCUAACAGAUUUAAUGCCAGGUACAAGGUGUUUGGGUCUAAAUUUAAUGCCGGGUUUAGGUUGCUUGGUUCUAGAUUUAAUGCAAAAUACAAGUUUUUUGGUUCUAGAUUUGCUGCCAGGGAUGAGUUCAAUGGAGUACAUGUACUAGAAAUCUACUACGUCGGACAUGCUGUUAGAACUACACGUCUAGCUGUUAUACAUCAGAACAGUGCUAUAACGCAUUGGCAGCUGUGGCGGGACAAACUUAUUUGUAUUCUCUCUUCAGGGGAUAUUUGUGUGUACAUCCUGUACAUGAACCCUGUACAAGAGAUCUACAGAUCUCAAUGCUACACAGAUAUUCUCUACAAAAAUCCUAUUUGGACGUUUAGAGAUAUCGUCUUCGUUUCUUCUCUGGAGUCUAGUGUGUUUGAUGAUAAACGAGAAACACCGUCCAACGCUUACUCUUAUAUGUCGGAUAUUUGGGCAGAAAGAAAUGGUUCUGGUCACUGGUAUAUAGGAAGUUUAGACCAAGAAAGUGAGAAUAGAAUGUUUAAUGGAGGCAAGUACCUCCAAAUAGAUAACUCCACAACCUCUGCAGACUCCAGAGCCUCAACUAUGUACUCUACCGCCUCUAGAGCUUCAAAUAUGUCCUCUACAGCCUCAUCUGCAGAAGAGGAUUGGGAUAAUCUUCAGGGAUAUUGUCUUCAGCGGCAAUAUUUAGGUUCUAGUUUUAGUUCAGAUAUAACAUGCGUUUUCCUUUCAAGAUCUCUUCUUCUCUGUGGUACUCAGGAUGGAAGACUGCUUCUGUUUCAAGUUCCUACUUCUAACUUAGUUCAUUCCAGUACAGAUUUUGAGAGCCUUGGUGGUUCAUGCGUUUGGAACAUGAAUGUAUCACAUCUCAGUAUUAAAUCAGUUCAUCUUAAUUUCUCAGGAGGAUAUAUUGAGAUGUACUUUACAACCCUGGAGGAGUUGAGUUGUGUUAAACUACAGUCUGGUGCAUUUGGAUACAAUGUAGAACCUUUGUUAGAUAUUUCAUGUUAAAUUAUCUAAAUGACCCCAAUUAAUGGAAAAAUAUACUUAAUUUAAUGGGCUUUGAAAGAAAAAACUUAAAUUUCUGCCCCAUGGUCUGUCUACCCAUCAACAAAAAUCUUGUGGCCAAAAUCUAUGAUCUUUUAUACAAUAAUGAAUUUAAAAUGGUUGAAACAAGAUAGUUUUUUUGAUGCAAUGUUUUUUUUAAUUAUUAAAUGUGUUUUAGAGAAAUACCUAGCAAAAUAUAUUCUCCAGUUAAGGGGGAGUUUAACUCCAUUUUUGCCAUCCAGUUUUAGUCAAUUGUGCAAUUACUGGGUGUUAAUACCAACUUUUGAACCACUUUUGAAGUCAACUCGCCAACUGGGCGAAAUCAAGUGACAAAAAUGUAUUUAAACUUGACUUUUUUAAUCCCAGUUUGUUAUUUGGUUCAAAAGUCGAGUAUUUUCCAAUUGGGGAAAAAAACCUUUUCUGAACUUUUUUUGAUCCAAUAAGGUUUACAGUUGUAGCCCUAUACAAUGUUAUUGAUACUAAAUAAAUUUAAAUCUAUGUUUACAUUUAUUAUCAUAUCAUUUUUAUCAAAGUUCAAUAAAGAAUUUAUACGAAA